GAAUGUAUAAUCUCAAGCUAUAGAAAUACGUGAAGAUAUAUAAAUCACUGAUCUGGUCGGUCAUGCAGAUUAAACAGACAGUUCAUUCUCUCAGCAUCUCCGUAAGACCUGCACAUAGCUUUCAUCAUGGCCCGAACCAUCUUCGUUGUCGGUUCCAGCUCCGGCAUUGGCCUCGAGAUCGUUCGCCUCUUCUUUUCCAAGGGUUGGAACGUCGUCGCUGCAAGCCGGAACCCAUCUGCUUCAGAGGACCUCCAAGCACUCCGAUCCCAAGACUCUGCACGACUCCUCCUUGUCGCUCUCGAGUUGAGUAGCCCGGACACUUUCUCCCCAGCUCUCGACGCUGCAGUGAAAGCCUACGGCACCAUCGAUGUCCUCCUCAACAACGCCGGCAUCAACAUCAUCGGGGCCUUCGAAUUGCUCUCCCAGGAAAACCUCCGCAAGCAACUCGAAGUCAACUUCUUCGGCCCGGCACAGCUUACCCGCCUCGCUAUCCCCCACCUUCGCUCAUCGGCGACGAAAUCUGGAAAACAAAGCCUCAUCAUUGGAAUAACCUCUGGAUCCGGACACUUCGGCCUCCCGCUGUUCUCGUUCUACACCGCGAGCAAGUUCGCGUACGAGGGCUUGACCGAGUCGCUGUAUCACGAACUUGCUCCACACGGCAUCGCUGUCAAAAAUGUUGUGCCUGUAGGUGGAAUCAGAGGCACGAAGUUCGGUACCAACAACUUCCCAGAUGCCGAGCCGCUCCUCCUGGCCACGCUCAUGGGACAGCAGCCGAAUUUGAGCGGUGAGGAGCCGGAGAGAAGGGAUGUUCUGCAGAAGUAUGUCGAGAACGGCGCGAAAACGAUGGGCAAGGCAAUGACGAUGUCUGAUCAGGCCGAGGGCGCAAAGAGCGCGACGGACGUGGCAGAGGCUGCGUGGAACGCUGUUGAUGAUGGGGAGUCGAAGUUUAGAUACUUUGUUGGUGCUGAGGGUCAUCCGAUUUUUGAGGCGAAGUACGGCGAAACAUGUAACGACGAGGCGUAUAUGGAAAAGGCACGGCAGUUCUGGGCCUGAUUGGGAAGCACUUUUGUCUUCCUCUCUAGCAAAAUGUCCAGCAUACGCGAUUCGUCUAUGCCUCCCAUGUGUCCGCCAGUUCUUUCAAGGUGUAGAAAUUCUAAUGUGGGGGAAAACAAGAUGUAUCGAUCAAAAUUGGGAAUGGGAUCUGCUUGAACAGGGUUCGCAAGGAAGGCCCCAUACUCACACCAGAGAAUCUUUAGCUUUCCCAUCUUGCAAGGGUACGGAAUAGGAAAG